AUGACGAUCAAACAAAUUCUUGCCCAGCUCGACGGGGUGUUUCCAAUGGACGAAGCCGUUGUCGACGCUCUUCCAAGAGGGAGCACGUUCGUGUCCGUUGAACAGUUUGGAACCAGUGCUUGGACUAUUACGGGUCGUCUCAUAGCAUUGGACCCGGAUGGAUCCGAGAAGGUUUACUUUGUCAAGGUCGCAUAUGGCGAAUCAGGCCGCAUUAUGCUUCACGGCGAGUUCGAGUCGUCCAAGAUAAUCUAUAGCACCAUGUCAGAUUUCAUUCCGGAGCCAUUCGGAUUUGGCAAGUUCAAGGUGCAAAGUCCGCCGACGUACUUCUAUCUCUCCGAGUUUGUCGACAUGGAUGUUACAACGGCCCCGGAUCCAGGAGAUUUUUGUCAUAAUCUUGCUAGAUUACACAAAUUAAGCAAGUCCCCGACUGGCAAGUUUGGGUUUCACAUCCCGACUUGCGACGGCGAUAGAGCUCACGUGGUUGACUGGCAAGACAGCUGGGCGGUGUUUUAUAGGAACCUGUUUCUUGGUGUCUGUGAACUCGACAUAAAGCGGAAUGGCCCAUGGCCUGAAUACGAAAAAGCCAUCCAACAGGUUGCUUGGAAAGUCAUCCCUCGGCUGCUCGAACCUCUUCAAUCCGAAGGGCGCCAGAUCAAGCCGUGCAUCAUCCAUGGCGACCUUUGGGAAGGCAACAUGGGAAUAAAGAUGGAGACUGGAGACACCAUCCUAUUCGAUGCAGGUUCAUACUUUGCUCACAACGAGAUGGAGCUAGGUCACUGGCGGUGCGAGUUCAGCUCCGUUUUCAGAGCCAAGGUGUACACGCGGCACUACCUGAGGAACUAUCCUGCUGCGGAACCAGUGGACGAGUUUGAAGACCGCAAUCGACUCUAUAGUCUCAAGGGUGCUAUUAACUACGCGGCUGGACAUCCAGGGAGCGUUCUAAGGAAGACCGCGUACAACAAUAUGUGCUAUCUGUGCGAGAAAUAUGCCCCUGUGGAUGGGAUUGAUAAAUACGAUCCUCACAUCGACCCAUCUAUUACAGGAGCUCGCAUUGUCCCCCAUCUUGAUGAUGAUUUGAUUUGA